CAGAGCAGCGCAGGGAUGUGCAGGUGUGUGUACACAUGGCAAGGUGAGCUGUGAGUAUCCUGCCAGCCAGAUCAUCUCUUGCACAACUCUCCGGUCCUGUGCAGCCUGGCAGAUCUUUCACUGCUUAUUUCCAGACAUGCCUCCAGAGCAGACCUUCUGAGGAGUUGUUUCCUCACAUGCUGUUUCCCCAAAUGCUGCUGGAAGCAGCUCUCUCCAAGAAGAGGUGGCAGCUAGCAGCAUGAUGGCAAUAAUGGCAAUGAGGACAUGGAUUGAGCCAGUGGUCGCGGGUUCCCAAGUGGCCAGUGCCUUCUACGACACAGCACUGCUGCUGAUAGUGAAGAACUACUACAACCAGACCAACAGCACUGCUCCCUCCCACGUCCUGGAAGAUGCCCAGCAGAAAGCUGUAUCUAAUUUUUAUAUCAUCUACAACCUAGUUCUGGGCCUGAGCCCGCUGGUGUCAGCCUAUGGCUUGUCCAAGCUGGGGGACAGGAUACAUCGCAAGAUCCCCAUCUGCUUCCCUCUUCUUGGUUAUUUGGGCUCCAAAACUCUCCUGCUCCUCCUGAUUCUUCUGGACUGGCCUGUGGAGGUGAUGUAUGGGGCUGCUGCCUUCAAUGGGCUGACAGGAGGCUUCACCACACUUUGGGCAGGCAUCAUGGCUCUGGGAGCCCUGGGGUCCUCUGAAAGCAAGAGGUCCCUGAGGCUCAUCAUUAUUGAGCUGGUGUAUGGCCUGGCUGGCUUUCUGGGAAGCAUGGCAUCUGGCUACCUCUUCGCUGGCUUCAGUGACCGCUACCGAGAAGGCACCGUGCUGGUGUGCUGCAGCAUUGCUUGCUAUGCCUUUUGUCUCCUCUACAGCAUUUUUGUCCUCACAGUCCCCAAGCCAGCAGCUUCCUGCCCAGCCAAAGCCAAGAGUGCAGAGGAGGUGGGUGGUCAGCUACCAGAAGCAGUGGUAGUAGGGAGCUCCCAACCUUCAGAGAGCAGCAUCUUCAGUCCAGUGUCACCCUCGAAGCUCAUCAUCAUCCUGCUGUUUGUGGCAGCAAUCCUCUAUGACCUGGCUGUUGCUGGUGCCAUGAACAUACUCCCACUGUUCUUGCUCAGGGAACCUUUAAGUUGGAAUGCUGUGGAGAUCGGCCACGGCAAUGCUGCUGGGUACGUGAUCUUCAUUACCAGUUUCCUAGGGGUACUUGUGUUCUCCAGAUACCUGAGGGAUAUUACCAUGAUCAUGAUCGGAGUAGCUUCAUUCAGCGCGGGCAUCCUCAUCAUGGCCUUCGUGAAGUGGACGUUCCUGUUCUACAUUGCACGGGCAGUGAUGCUCUUUGCCCUCAUCCCCUUACCAACCAUCAGGUCCAUGUUGUCCAAGCAUGUUGAAGGAUCAUCCUAUGGUAAGGUGUUUGUCCUUCUGCAGCUGUCUUUAGUCACCACAGGAGUAGUGACAUCUACAGUCUACAACAAGAUCUAUCAAAACACACUGGACUGGUACAGUGGCUUCUGCUUCAUUUUGUCUUUUCUAGUUGGCUGCCUGAGUCUCCUCCCUUUAAGCUUUGUGGCCAUCAAACAACGAUCAACCACUGGCUCCCUUGAGAUUCUGACUGAGUAACAGAGGCAUCUUCUGGUUGUUAUCAUUAGUCCCUACCAAGACAACAGGUUACAUAUCAUUUAUAUUUCCACUUCACAACAUGCCACAACCUCUCAGCCACUAAGCUUGUCCAGGAAGAUAUAUAUGCCUUGUUAUUUCUGCAGCACACACCCCAUCCUGCAGAGUAUGUGUAUUAGCUAUUGCACACCAGCAGCCCGCAGAGCAUUCUGCUCUUUGCUACGCUGGUCAGGAAUACCAAAGAGGCACAAGGAUAUAGGCUAGAAAUGAAAAUGGCAUUUCCAGAGACAUCAUUCAGAGUGGAAGCAGAAACCAGAGGAUUGGUUUUCCAUUAGUUCCUUCUUGUUUGUUCAUUCAGAAAUCUCAGGGCAGUUCUGUGACUUUGGCUGAUGAAACAGGGCUGCAAGCCACAUGCCACGUGCACAGGACCAUCAGCAGGACACACCGGCUCUCCACCUCCUGCAGAUGUCAUCAGCUCAGACAAUUAAUGUUAUGUACAAGACCAUUAAAUAGAGAAAUAGCACCAUAAAAAUAUGUAAGAUUAACAGAAUUUUAGUAAUCCCUACAAUAAAACACCCCUGAACAGA